AUGACGGACAAGAAGCUCGACCUGUACGUCGACGUCGACGGGUGCAGCCCGAGCGACCGGCCACCGAUGGCCGAUGGGGCCGUGACCGAGACGGCGCCCUCUGGCGGAAGCCGGCCGACGACGACGGCAGAGGACUCUACCGUCGAGGAGAGGCGGCUCGUCCGCAAGCUAGACCUUCACAUCAUCCCGCUCGUCAUGGGCCUCUACCUGUUCAGCUUCCUCGACCGCGUCAACAUCGGCAACGCGCGCCUGUACGGGCUCGAGGCCGACCUCGGCCUGUCGUCGACGCAGUUCCAGGUGGCCGUGUCGAUCCUCUUCGUCACCUACCUCGCCUUCGAGGUGCCGUCGAACCUCGUCCUCAAGCGCUUCACCCCGCGCCGCUGGAUCGCCUUCAUCGCCGUCGCCUGGGGCGUCAUCGCCACCCUCACCGGGCUCGUCCAGUCGUACGCCGGCCUCGUCGCCUGCCGGCUUCUGCUCGGCGUCGUCGAGGCCGGCCUCUUCCCCGGCCUCACCCUCUACCUGACCUUUUUCUACACCAAGAACGAGCUCGCGCUGCGCGUCGGCUACCUCUUCGUCAGCGCCGCCGUCGCCGGCGCCCUGGGCGGCCUCCUCGCCUACGGCAUCGGCCACAUGGCCGGCCUGCGGGGGCUCGCCGGCUGGCGCUGGAUCCUCAUCGUCGAGGGCCUGCCGAGCGUCGUCCUCGGCGUCGUGACGUACUUUGCGCUGCCCAACGACGCCCCGACGGCCUACUUCCUGUCCGAGGACGAAAAGGCCUUGAUGGAGCGCCGCCGCGGGAGGGAGUACGGCCACACCAAGUCGAGCGAGCAGUUUGGCCGCGACGACAUGCGCAAGGCCUUUGUCGACUGGAAGGUCUGGGCCUUUUGCGUCGCCCAGUUCGGCGUCGACACCAUGCUCUACGGCUUUUCCACCUUUCUGCCCACCAUCAUCGACGGCCUGGGGAAGUGGACGGCGCCCCAAGUCCAGCUCCUCACGGUGCCGUGCUACUUCUUCGGCGCCGCCUCCUACAUGGCGACGGCCUUUGCCUCGGACCGGCUGCAGAGGCGCGGCGUCUUCUGCGUCGCCUUCGGGGCCGUCAGCACCCUCGGCUACGCCAUUCUGCUCUCGGACUCGGCCUCGGCCGUCCAUUACUUUGCGUGCUUCCUCGUCGCCGGCGGCCUGUACGUCGUCGUCGGCCUGCCCCUCGCUUGGCUGCCCAACAACUCGCCGAGAUACGGCAAACGAGCGACGGCGACGGGUCUGCAGCUCACCGUCGGCAACAUGUCGGGCAUCAUGUCGGCCUUUAUCUAG